AUGAAAAAAUAUUUAGCAAGUAAUUUAUACGAUAAAUUUUUAAAAGAAGAAGUCGAACCUGCAAUAAAACUACCAUUUAAAAAUACUGCUUUAAUACCGAUUGUUCAAGAUGACCAGGAUAACAAACAUCGAACAAAAGUUGUGAUGAAUACUAUUGAAUCUUUAUUUGACGAACAUAUUGAUCCUGAAAUUGGUGAUGCAAAAUUUGCUGAUAUUUGGCCAAUUGAGACAGUUUGGGGUGCAAUUAAAGAAAAACUAAGAGGAGAAAGGUUUGAAAACGAGUCAGCACUUGAAAUUCGAGUGGCGCAAGAAUGGAAAAUGUUCACCACAGCAACAUGCGAGCAAAUUAUGGAAAAAAUACCCCAUCGAUUGAAGCAACUGAUAGGUCAAGAUGGAGAGCAGAUACAUAAACAUUAA